UUUUGUUUGCUGUUCCACCACACAGGGCAUUUUUGAUGAAAGAACGAGAGAUGUAGUGUUUCAUGUGGGAGUUUGAUCAAGAAAAAAACAUCGCCAUAAAUAUUACACCUGGAGUGAAUGUGAAGCUGAAUUACGAUGGCAAACUGGAAACGAUCGCGUGGCUAUUUUCGGCGUGUUUUUCUUUUACACCUUCUCCUGAUUUUCGUGAAGCAGACUGCGGCUGAACUGAGGUACUCUGUUCCGGAGGAGGUAAAAGAGGGAACCGUCAUUGGAAAUAUUGCGAAGGAUCUUGGUCUGGAGAAAGCACAUUUAACUGAUCGACGGCUACGAGUUGUUUCCGGGUCAGAAAGCAGACUGUUCGAUAUAAACAUGGAUAACGGUGCUUUGGAGGUUCGUAGGAAAUUUGACAGAGAGGAGCUAUGUCACGGGGAAGGCGUAUGCGUAACGGAGCUAAAAAUUAUUGUGGAAAAUCCCUUAGAGAUGCACUACGUUGCUAUUGAAAUUAAAGAUGUGAAUGAUCACUCCCCAAAUUUUACAAAAACGGAGCAACGUAUUCAAAUAGCUGAGCAUACGUCAAUCGGCACACGUUUUCAGCUGCAAGCGGCCCGUGACCCCGAUGCAGGAGUAAAUUCAAUCCGCUCAUACAGUUUAUCAUCAAAUGACUAUUUUGAUAUAGACCUAAGUCAAAGCGAUGAGGACAAAAUACCAUUUUUAGUGCUAAAGAAGCCUCUAGACCGAGAACAAAGUAAGAAACUUGUAUUGUUUGUUACAGCAAAAGAUGGAGGAAAACCUCCGAGAUCAGGGACACUUAAUGUUUCAGUCACUGUGCUUGAUAUUAACGAUAAUCGUCCAUCCUUCAGCCAGGACGUUUACCAAGUACAGAUAUAUGAAAAUGCUUCAGUAGGAACUAUUGUUACAAGAGUUAAUGCAACAGAUCCAGAUGAGGGAACAAACGGAGAAAUUGAGUACAGCAUUGCUAAAACAUUGGCACCUAAAAUAUACAGCAUAUUUGAAUUGGAAAAGAUAACAGGUCAAAUCAAAUUAAAAGCAGCUUUGGACUUUGAGGAAUCUGAAAUCUACAAAAUUGACAUUGAAGCAUCAGACAAGGGAACGCCUCCUUUAACAGGAAGGUGUAGAGUGGUUGUGAAGAUAAAAGAUGUAAACGAUAACUCACCAAAGAUAGAUGUCACAUCUCUGUCAAAUACAAUAUCAGAAGAUUCAAAACCUGGAACAACAAUUUCUCUAAUAAGUGUAACAGAUAAAGACUCUGGUCUUAAUGGAAAGAUUAUUUCACGUAUACUUAAUGAUGUACCUUUUGAGUUGAAGCCAUCCUAUAAAGAAAACAUGUAUUCACUUGUUACAAAAGAACAUUUAGAUAGAGAGAAGGUUUCUCUUUACGAAAUAUUAAUACAAGCCAGUGAUUGCGGUAAUCCACCUUUAUCUACAGUGAAAACACUCAGUGUUCAGGUUUCUGAUGUGAAUGACAACAGUCCUCGUUUCGCGGAAAGCACAUUGCAGUUUUAUUUACCAGAAAAUAAUGCCGCUGGGGCAACAGUACUUUCUGUAAGCGCGACAGACAUUGAUAUGAACGAAAAUGCAGCUAUUUCCUAUUAUAUUCUGAGAGAAGGGAGAAAAGACGAUGUGACGGCAUUUUUAAAUAUCAACUCAGAAAAUGGACAAAUAGCAGCGCUAAAGAGUUUUGACUUUGAAACUCUGAAAACUUUCCAGUUCCAAGUUGUCGCCACUGAUUCUGGGACUCCGUCACUGAGCAGCAACGUCACAGUGAACGUGUUCAUUCUGGAUCAGAACGACAACGCUCCAGUCAUCCUGUAUCCACUCAGCUCCAAUGGUUCUGCUGAAGGUGUGGAGGAGAUUCCACGCAACGUGAACGCAGGACACUUGGUGACUAAAGUCAGAGCCUAUGACGCUGAUAUAGGAUAUAAUGGCUGGUUGCUUUUUUCACUGCAGGAAGUUACUGACCACAGUCUUUUUGGUUUGGACCGCUACACUGGACAGAUCAGAACACUUCGCUCAUUCACAGAGACAGACGAGGCUGAACAUAAACUGGUCAUAAUGGUCAAAGAUAAUGGCAACGUUUCACUCUCAGCAACAGCUACUGUGAUUGUUAAACUGGUGGAACCAAAAGAAGCUUUUGCAGCUUCUGAUGUUAAAAGUGCAGCAACGGAGAAUGACGAUGAUCAUGUGACUUUUUACCUGAUGAUCACUUUGGGAGCCGUUUCUGUUUUGUUUAUCAUCAGUAUCAUUGUACUGAUUGCUAUGCAGUGCUCCAAAUCCACAGACUAUACUUCUAAAUAUCUGCAAGAGACUAAUUAUGAUGGGACUCUUUGUCACAGCAUCCAGUACAGAUCUGGAGACAAACGCUACAUGUUAGUUGGACCCAGAAUGAGCAUAGGAUCUACUAUAGUACCUGGAAGUCAUGCAAACACACUAGUGCUUCCUGACAGGAGGAGAACAUCUGAAGAGGUGGCGGUAUAUUAA